CCGUUUUGUCAUAUGAUUUUUCGUUUUUUUCUUUUAUCAUGGCCUCCAAUAAUGAUAUUUCUAUUGACUUAAAAUCUGUUACCUAUGUUGAUAAUGUAAAUAGUAAUCUUGUAUGUUGUAUAUGUCAAUAUCCUUUUGUAAAUCCUUUAGUUUCUCCAUGUGGACAUACUUUUUGUGAAACUUGUAUUUAUCAAGCUUUAGACUCAUGUUCUCAAUGUCCUAUCGAUCGUUCUCCACUUUGUCUUCCUGACUUGGAACCAGCUGUAAAGAUCAUUGUCAAUAUGGUCAACGAACUACUUAUUUACUGUCCGCGGAAAGAAAGAGGAUGCGACUUUAUCGGACAACGUCAAUAUAUGGAACAUCAUAUGAACAAUGAUUGUCUUUAUGUCUUUCAGUCUUGUCAACUUCAAGAAUGUCAAGAACUUAUAUUGAAAAAGGAUCUUCAUAGUCAUGUCUCUACUUGCAAAUAUAGAGAAACUGUUUGUAAAAUGUGUAAAAAGAAAAUGCCUGCUUUUGAAUUGGAGGAUCAUUACAAGCUUUGUCCAUCAGAAAUCAUUCAAUGUCCUCACUGUGAUUCUUCUCGUUCAAGGUCAGAACAUGCUACUCAUCUUACCACUUGUCCCAAAGUACCUAUGACUUGUACACAUGCUGAAUUUGGUUGUCCAUGGACUGGAGAAAGAGCAACAAUGGAAGAACAUACAACAUCAUGUACUUAUGAAGCGAUCAAGGAUUAUUUACAUCAACAGCAACAAAAAUAUACCCAAAUGAAGGAAGAACUUCAAGCUGUACGCAAAGAAAACGAAUCAUUGAAACAACAACAAUGGGAAUCACGACAAAAACUCGAAACGAUGACCAAUCAAUUAGGUAUUCUCUUUCCUGCUCAUUUCAGUAUAGAUCCUGAUUUACCUUUGGAUACACAACAAGAAGUCGUCUUAUCUGAAACUCAACGAUUACAAAAUGACAUUGAUACCUUGUCUGCCAAUAUGACCAAUUUGGAACUUAAACAAAAUAUGGCUCUGAUGACCGAAACAUUUCGACUUCAAGAAGAAUUACAAAGUGUACGAGCUAUUUGUCAUGGGAUGCGAAUGCAAAUGCACUACUUGAUGAUGGAACGAAGAGGUGCUAUGAUGAUGCAAGCUACUUCUGGUACAACUAAUACUCAUUCCGAUCCUCCUCCUCCUCCUCCUCCUUUACCACCUCAUGAUCAAGAUGCUACUGGUUCAACAUUCCAACGUAUGAGAUCUUGGCUAGAUCCUUCUGGAUCCAGACAAGACACGAAACUGUGACACAAAACAAUGAUCAUCAAAAAGAUUAUGUUACCCCCUUUUUUAUGCCAUAUACUUUUUUACUUUACUAUUGUAUCAUAUAUAUAUUCUUUCAUUAAUAAACAAUGUCAAUACCAUCCUAAAUAUAGUUCAUCCCAUUAAUAAAAAAAAAAAAAGAACAAUAAAAAAAAAG